GUUCCUGCUGGCUCAAUCUGUGUGUGACUUUGGGUCUUGCUGGAGUGGCUGUGCAGGGUUCCUGCUGACGAACCGGUGGGACGAAGUGUCCUUGAGUUGCGAGUUCUUUGCGGUUCCUGCUAUGGCGUGCGACGACGAGUCCGUGUGGAGCGAGCUGCUCGUCAAGUUGAAGAUCCAGGACAGCGUCAAGGAGCAAAUGAAAAAGAACGGGUAUGAAUCCGCGUCCAGCUUCUUCGGGUCCCUCAAAGAAGCGUGUGAGAAGAGCUUCGAAGACAUCCUGAAGAAGGCGGGUGUUGAGCCAGGAUGCAGGCGGUGCCCCUGCUCUGUCCUCUGCCCUGGUUCCUACGGGAAAACCGGGAAGUCUUUUGGCCUCGACCUGGGCGUGAAGCUGGACGCGGACAAGCUCCGGCACCUGUGGGAGGCGUUCGAGAAGGCGUACCCGAGCGAGCAACUGGAAUGCGAUGGUAGACCCGCCAAGCAGCUGAUCCAGCAAGUGUAUGCACAGAAACAUGCCAAGGAACUGCGGUUCAUACCAUGGAAGCAAAUAGUCAGCGAAGUGCAGGCGGAUGCAGCUCGCCUCGCGCAGGGCACCAAGGAGAAGUCGUUUCUUUCCUUGCUGGCAGAGGCGUCUGGCCAACAGGAUGCGCUAGAGUUGGACCCAUCGCCGUCGCCAUUCGUGGUGCAAAGAAUUCUGAAGAUGCGAGGGACAUGCUGGGCGCUCGUGGACUGGUGCCAUCUAGGCUCAGCCAAUAAGUUGCUGCAGAAAUUUGUGUCUAUGUAUGCUGCCACCAAUCUGAGCGCUUUGGGUCUACGCGCCCCAAGCCUCUGCGAGGCCGAGGCUGCGGAUGCUGAGCUGUGCAGGCAACUUAACUUGCUGUUGUCCGCGGGUUAUAGCUUGGAUAAGGCCAUUCACGAGACAGUCUGUGUGCGCAACACCCUGCAUUGCCUGCUGCAGCCGCGGCCCUUGGACACCCGGAAAGGCAAGGGCAAAGGCCGUGCUCACCCUUACGGCCGCAACACUAAAGGCAACUCCAAGGGCGACAGCAACAAGGGCGAUGGCAAGUCGUCGGGCAAAAAGAAAGGUGAGGGUCCUGUGGGAGACGCCUGCGAGCCGCCUGUGGCCGCUGAGCUGGGUGGCCUGCCAGAGGGCCAGAAAGAUGCGUGGUCAGAGUGUGUGGCUUAUCACGAAGUCUUGCUAAAGGAUGGUGGAGGAUUGUCCAGCACUCUGGAUUGGCAAAUCCCUCCUCCAGCUGCUCUCAAAGAUCCACUUGGCUGCGUUCGUCGAGCUAUCUUGGAAAGCAUGCCAUCCAAUUCCUGUGCUCGGGUGUGUCAGCUGGUCGGCCGUACUCUGGAUGCCCCUUUCUUCACGGAAGAGGAGGUUGUGUUCAUGAGAACGCAUGUGUGUGCCUGCAUAGGAGUGGAUGCUGCGUGGGCAUCUAUGUCCUUCCCGCAUACGCCGUACAAUUUCCACCUUCUGGAGGCAAUGGCUGCGCGGCUACAUGAUGUCGACCUGAAACUCCCAAGUAUCUUGAAACACGGAGCCCCCACGGGGGUCCGCUGUGCAAUACCGUACUCGGGUGUGUGGCCGCGAAAGUUUGGUAGCGAUUCUUGUGACAUGUGCUGCGUUGAUGACUUGGAGUUUUGUGAGCAAAAUCAUCUGUCUGCAGAACUGGACCCGGCCAGGGUGGAGCAGUUGCUGCAGGAAGAAGUAGCUAAGGGCUAUGUCGAGAAAUUCACAGGCAGCGAAGCAGACUUGCGCCAGCGCUUCAAAGACGGCUGCCUGGCAGUUGGGAAGCUAGUCCCAGUGCCAAAUCAGCGAAAAGCUGAAGUACCCUCGAUCGGCUAUUUCUCUCAUGCGCUGGACCGUUUCGCGGAGCGCGAGAAGAACAAGGGUGUCGGGAACCGUUUGCCGUGUCCAGCAGACUGGAUCUUGCUAUCGAUUGACGUCAAAGCCGCGCACAAGUCCAUCGCCACAGCACCUGAGGAUAUCGGGAUCGCGGUCUUCCAGCUCCUCGGGGCGUUUUAUAUUUACUUAGUCAAUCAUUUCGGUGCUGCCUGGAGCCUGGAGCGCUUAUUGGUGGGCUAG